GGUUUUGAACGUGAGCGUGCGCGGAGCGAGCGCGAGAGAGAAAAGAAAAGAUGGCGGAAAACAAAGGUGGAAAUAAUAUCGAGGCGAAUGGCGUCAGCGAGGAGAAGAGCGGCCUGGCCGACAAGGAUGAAGAGAGUCAGGAUAAACUGGAGCCGGAGCUGAACGCGGCGACGCCGGCGGUGGCAGGAUCAUCAUCAGCAUCUUCAUCAUCAUCAUCAACAACACCACCGGCGGCGGCACCGAUACCAACGGCCGCGGCGGCGGCGGCGGCGGCCGAGGGACCGGGUCCGAGCCCAGGCCUAAGCCCGGGAGCGGGCCCCGGUCCAAGCCCAGGGCCGAGUCCGGGCCCAGGCCCGAGUCCGGCGUCAGGACCCAGCCCGGGAGUGGGCCCGGACAAAGCGGCGGCGAUGGCGGCUGCCCCUGCUGCGGCUCCGGCUGCGGCUCCCGCCGAGGUGAACCUGAACCUGCUGGACGAGUGCGCCGUGUGCCGCGAUACGCUGCAAGGGAAGGAGCCCAAGUUGCUGCCCUGCCUCCACUCGUUCUGCAAGCGCUGCCUGCCGGAGCCCGAGCGGCAGCUGAGCAUCCCCCUACCCGCCGGGGGCAACAACGCCGCAGGAAAUAACGGGGAUUCGCCAACCAUCCAGCAGGUGGGUGUGAUCCGGUGUCCAGUGUGCCGUCAAGAAUGCAGACAGAUAGACUUGGUCGAUAACUACUUUGUGAAGGAUUCAACGGAAGGAACAAACAAUUCUGAUGAAAAGUCAUGUCAGGUAUGCACAAGCUGUGAAGAUAAUGCAGAAGCCAGUGGAUUUUGUGUGGAAUGUCUUGAAUGGCUCUGUAAGACAUGUGUAGAAGCCCACCAGAGAGUGAAAUUCACAAAGGAUCAUACAAUAAGAAGGAAGGAAGAUGUUUCACCAGAGGCAGUGGGAGCUCCCAGCCAACGGCCUGUGUUUUGUCCUAUCCAUAAACAAGAACAGUUGAAACUCUUUUGUGAGACGUGUGACAAACUGACAUGUCGGGACUGCCAGUUAUUGGAACACAAGGAACACAGAUACCAAUUUUUAGAAGAAGCAUUUCAGAACCAAAAAGUUAUUAUUGAGACUUUAAUGGCCAAGCUUCAAGAAAAGAAGAAUUACGUGCAGUACGCAGCUAGUCAAGUGCAGAACAGGUUAAACGAAGUAACUGAUACGAACAAGAAAGUUGAACAUGACAUUAAAGUUGCCAUCUUCACUCUCAUUAAUGAGAUCAACAAAAAGGGCAAAAACUUAUUGCAGCAGCUGGAGAAUGUGACAAAAGAGAGGCAGAUAAAAUUACUGCAGCAGCAGCAAGAUGUGACCAGUCUUGCCAGGCAGGUGGAGCACGUGAUGAACUUUGCCAAGUGGGCCAUUUCCAGUGGAAGCAGCACAGCACUACUUUACAGCAAGCGUCUGAUUACCUUUCAGUUGCGACAUAUUCUUCGGGCACGCUGUGAUCCUGUCCCAGCUGCUAAUGGUGGGAUGCGCUUUCACUGUGAUCCUACAUUCUGGGCAAAAAAUGUAGUGAAUUUAGGUAACCUUGUGAUUGAAAACAAGCCGAACCCUCCAGGUUACACUCCCAAUGUAGUUAUUGGGCAUGGUUCCCAAGGCCAGGGGCCAUCUGGGGGAAAACCUCAGGGUCAGAUUAAUCUUGCACAGCUGCGCCUGCAGCACAUGCAGCAACAAUUUGCACAGAAGCAGCAGCAGAUGCAACAAAUGAGGAUGAGUCACCCAGUAGGACAGCACCCCAGGACUACAGGGCCACAGAUGGUCCAGCAGCAGCCUCCACGUUUGAUUAGCAUGCAAGCCAUGCCCAGAGGAAAUUUGAAUGGUGCUGCACUUCAGGCCCACCAGGCUCAUCAAGCCCAUCAGAUGAGAAUGGCACAAAACGCUGCUCGCAUGGCUGGAAUGUCUCGACACAAUGGACAUCAAUAUCCAAUGAUGCCUCAGAUACCACGACAGCAUGCAAAUCCUGGGCACACAGGACCAUUUUCUGCAGCCUCAGUACACAAUAGCAUUCCAAAUCCAACCAGUCCCACCACUGCUAGUUUGGCUGGCGCAAACCGCGGCCCCACCAGUCCCACAGUUGCCACAAUAGAGCUGAUUCCUUCAGUUACUAACCCAGAGAACCUUCCUCCACUUCCAGAUAUCCCACCCAUUCAGCUGGAUGAUGCUGGAUCGAGUACAUUAGAUAAUUUGUUGAGCAGAUUUAUCUCGGACAGUCACCACCAUCCGCCACCACUGCCACCACCAUCCUCCUCCAGUUCAAACCCAUCCCCUGGACCCUCAGCACCAUCCCCUGGACCAGCAAUUGCAGCUUUAGCAAUGGCGAACUCACACACUCCAGUUAGACCCUCAAGUACCUCUAGUACCGGUAGUAGAGGCAGUUGCAGCUCCUCUGGCAAAGCUCAAGGUACAGAGAGGGGGAUCUCAGUCUUCCGACCAGAUCAAAUCAAAGUGAAGCAAGAGCCGGGCACAGAGGAUGACGUGUGCAGUUUCUCUGGUGCUUCUGUAAAACAUGAGCAUUUGGAAGAUGGUCGGAGAAGUGCUUGCAUGGUAAACCUGAAGUACUUGUGGUUUAAUCAAAUAAAUCAGAUGAGCAGUCCUGAAAGCAGCUUGACGCCACCUCUUUCCAACAACUUGCACUCUGAGAGCGAGACUGAUAUAGAGGGUCUUCGGCAAGUCGAAAACCAUGUGAAGAUGGAAGCUUCCGAUAAGACAGGAAGUUGCAGGCAGUUGAGUAAUACCAUUAAUGGAAAGUCCCCAAUCCGUAACUUUGCACAUCGCUCGCCACGCGUUGGAGGGGACAACAGCAAUAACAAGGAUGAAGACCCCAAUGAGGACUGGUGCGCUGUGUGUCAGAACGGAGGAGAUCUACUGUGUUGUGAUAAGUGUCCAAAGGUUUUCCACCUAGCAUGUCAUGUACCUACACUUCUCAACUUUCCCAGUGGGGAGUGGAUCUGCACAUUUUGCCGGGACCUGUCCAAACCAGAAGUAGAGUAUGACUGUGACAAUCUGCAUCAUAUAAAAAAAGGAAAAACUGGACCAAGCCUGGCCCCAGUUGACCAAAGGAAGUGUGAACGUCUCCUGUUAUAUCUAUAUUGUCAUGAAAUGAGCAUCGCAUUCCAAGAACCUGUUCCUUCCUCUGUUCCUGAUUACUACAGAAUUAUUAAGAAUCCAAUGGAUUUAUCCAGAGUGAAAAUGAAAUUGCAGAAAAAACACUCUCAACAUUACCAAACACCAGAGAACUUUGUGGCUGACAUUAGGCUCAUUUUUAAGAACUGUGAAAAGUUCAAUGAAGUUACCCUAUUACCUGGGGUUCAAAAUGGUCCUCAAGCCCUCAUGAGGACCAAAGAAAGGGAAAUGAGAACCAAGGCAGAUUCAGAGGUGGCCCAGGCCGGAAAGGCUCUAGAAAGCUACUUUGAAGCAAAACUACAGAUGGUUUAUUCUGACAGAACCUUCACGCCUCUAGUGGAAUCAGAUUCCGAGCAUGAAGAUGAAGCUCAUUUUAGUGAGGAUUCGGACGAUGACUUCGUUCAACCUAGGCGAAAGCGGCUAAAGUCGGAUGACAGACCAGUGCACAUUAAAUGAUUUUCUCCUCCUUUGAGGGGGAAGAUGAACUUCUUAGACUUUUCCCCCUCUUUUUGUGCUCACAGGAUGUGAGCAAAACUCCUGUGGCUAUCUGCUUGUUGGUUGUAAAAGCUGAUAUCCACCACACAGUAUUUAUUAGAGUUUUAAAAUGUUUUUGUACAAAUAAACAAGACUUUGUUGCAUUUGUUCAUUACCUGAAUACUGAGAGUCUUUCCAGAUUCUGUUCCUUUUUUAAAAAAAAAAUCCUUGCCUUUACUGAUUGAUUCUUUGUGUGCUAAACGUUGUAGAUGGCAUAUAUUUUAUUGGCAUGCACAGGGAACUAUUUAUUAACUACACAAAUCUUUAAUUUACAUAUUUAGAAAUGGAAAUUUUCUCUGUAUAAAAUGGUAACCUAACACACAGUUAUCAGGUUAGAUAAACACAGUAGCUCUUGCCUUCCAGGUGCCUGUUCUCAUUCAGUUACCUUUUUUCAGCUACCAAGUGUUCAAUUAAAAUCAGAUGCAAAAUCUUCAAACGCUUUCUACUGAAUGCCAAGGGUUUUUUUAUUCUGGUUAAGUACAUAUGUGCAGUGCAAUACUUAGCUGCCAUUAACCACGUUUUAAACUAUUGGAGGACCACUGUAGCAUUUCACAUCUUAAAAAUACAAGAUUUGUUUAUUUUUGCAAGACAACAGUAAAUAGAAUCUUUCAUGUACUUUUGUACAUUUUUAUUUGACUUAGUUAAAAAGAACAGGAAGUGGCCUGCAAACCUACCAAUUAAUGCCAUGACUUGUGAAAUGGCCGCAGCACUCAAAAAUAAACUAUGUUGCCACUGUCACACUUCAUAAGUUGAAUUUUCAAUUGACUUAUUUGCUGCAGACUUGUUUUCAUACCUUGAAAUCCCCAUCACUUUAAAUGUAAUAGAACAGUAUAAGUAAUCAUUUUUCCUGAUGUUAUUUUGGUUCUUUCUGCACUGUUGGUUUCUCAGUGGAUGCCUAACAUAAGUCAAGUACAAAAUUGGGCACAAUCUAAAUUGAGAACAGAAUCCUGUACUUGUUUAAAAAAAAACAGAUGAUCUUGUCAUUCCUAAACAUGAGUGAAAAGGUCAUGCACUUGACCGUCAAACAGCUGAAACAAACAUCUUCAAACUCUACUGUGAUUAUUAAGCGAAAGUGAUUAGCCAUUUGGUGCAAUGCGUUUUUUUGUAUUGUCCCCUCUCCUUUGGGAUCUACAGACUGAAUUCAACAGACUGCUGACACUUCUCUCCAUACUGACUAAGGCACUGUAACAUGAAAUUAGUUUGGCCAGCCUCAAGCCAGGUAUAGGCUUGCAGAAUAAAAUUGUUGAUACUAACUGUUAUAUAAUGCAUGCAAUAAGGAUGAUUGGUGUCAGAAAUGGAGAAUGUCAAAAGCACAAUAGGAUGUAACUUUCAAAGGUUACAUUGUGCUUUUUUUGUUAGGUGAUUUAACAAGAUGUAAUUGUACCAUGAAUAGAUGCAUCAUGAAUUUGAUCCUGGCAUUUGUUGGCUGGACAGAAGACUUGAAAGUUUACAUUAAAGAACUAACAGCAAGUCAGAACUUCCUUGUAGCUCACUUUAUGCUUCAGUCCUAUUCAGCAAGUGCUUAAGCAUCUAUUUACAACAAACGGAGUGUUGCUUGGAGUGAGAAUGAUGGACAUUGCAGGGAGCUGUGCUCUGCUUCUAAUCUGCUCUACCUGACUUUGGAAGUGUUGUACCGCGGAUGUGAAGAACCAAAAAUAGAGUGUAUACAGCCAGGAAUCAAACCAUCAUAUCUCACCUUGAUCAUGAACAAUUUGUGCAUACAACUUCAAAAUAAAAGAUGAAAGUGAUGCAUUUGGAAGUAUUUCUCUAGUUUUGUAAAAUUGAAGUCAGAAGUAGAUGGAAAUAAAACUACUUAGUGCUGAUUGUUCUUUUAAAGUAUACAAGCACAUGAUGCUUAAAUGCUCCUUUAGAUAAUUGGAUGCCAUCUAUACUUUUUUUGUCAGCUUUUUUUAUAUUGUUACUUGAGAAAUGCAUGAAAUUUGGACAUAGGAUAGACACUGAUACCAAGCUAGUUAAAACCUACAGGUUAAUAGAAGUUGUAUAAUGGGAAUACUUGGAUCCCCAUUACUGUUCAAAUAUGUAAAACCUCAGCCUCUAAAUAAGAUAGAUAUAGAUCUAAUGCACUGUCAAUUUGUGUUUUAUACCACAAUUUCAGCAUUAAUAAACUAGUAGUUCAGACCAUUUCAUGAGAAUGCUUGAAAGAAACAGUUAUAUUGACAUCUUAAUCAAAUAUUUUCACUGUUUCAACUUCAUACUGAUAUAAGGCAGCAUAAGACUGCUCUUGUACAGUGCUGUCUCAUGUACAAAUGGUCCAGAUAUAGACUUUUCCCUUUGACUAAUUUUGUUUGCUGGCAAGCUUCUUUGUAACUGGUUUUCUAUCUGCAUCAGAAAUGAUAUCACUAGAUAGUGGAAAAAAAUUUAGUGGCUGGAAUAUAUAUUUCUGUUGACUGACCCUCCUAAAAUUUCCAUCGGAUAUAUAUCAUUGUACAGUAGAUGUUAACUUCUAACAAGAUAUGUAUCCCCAUUUUAAGCAUGUAGCUGGGUACCAUUGCCUUUCUGGUCAAUUAAUCUCAGUGUGAGUACCAGCUGCUUCUGUUAUCCCCACACAGCACAGACUUGAAAAUCUAAUUGAAUUUCUAAUUCAUCCUUCAACCAAUUUUCAGAUAGCAACCCUUGUAAGUUAAUAAAUCAUCCUCGACUGUUUGUUUUGCAAUUUUCUCUCAUCCAGUGUUCUGUACUAUUUUGGUCACUGGGGUCUGACUAUUCUUUUUCAAAAAAACAAUAACCCACAAUAAGCUUUCAGUCAGAGGUAGGUCAUUGUUCAGUAUGGUUCCUAAGGGUCAAGUGUUAUGCUUCAAAAUAUAGAAUAGAAAUAAGUGCAUCUGGGGUCUGUUGAAUUUAGAAUUUGCAAUUUUCAUGGGCUUCAAUGGUACCAUCCCUAACUUGAUGAUUACUUAUGAUUUUCAUUCGAAGUGAUGAAACUUAGGGCCUUACUUUCAUACUGUUGAUGCCUUGGCUCACAUCAAAUGUGUACGGCAAUUCCUUUAACUAGGGCCUGAAAGGGCUGAUGCUGUUAUAUCCAGUUUGAAAGAGGGAGAGGACAAUUCAUGUAAUCUAUUUAGGGGUGAACUGCUGGUUGACAUUCUGAAGUUACAAUAAUAGCUUACUUUUAAGUUGUACAUUUUUUUCCCCUGAACCUCUUACUUCAUAACAGGGAUUUAUGCUGUACCUUUACUUCUAGGGUUUAGACUGAAAUCCAAAAUGGUAUUAUGAGGUCCCAUUAUGAUUAUCACUGAUGCAGGGUUGAAGUUGAAGAAAGUCUUAGAUUUGAUUGUACAGCAAUUAUUACUUUUGAUAGUUUUGAAAAGCUUCUUGUGUAUGCCAUAAAAAUAUACAGCCUUACUAGCUACUGAUCAUACUCUUUAAAAAGUCGAUCGUCCUAUGGAUGAAUUUUAACGACUUCACCUGUUUUUUUUAUGAUUGCCAGUUCUAACUGUUGCAUCCGCUGUGUUUUUUGCUAUUUUGUAACUUAAAAGUUUACAGUAUUUUUGUCAAUGAGUUAUUUAAAAGCCUGUCAACAGUUUGUAAAUAUUACCUGUUUUAAAAUAUUACGGAAUGUUGUGUUGUAGACGAUGAAAGUUGUUGCAUUAGAACAGACAAAAUGCUUUAAUUGGAAACUUUCUCCUUAGUCAUUUCUAUUAAAUUGUACAGCUGGCAAGGG